CAGUCCUGCCAGCCCUAGUCCCACUGGAAAGCAUGUCAGCCCAGGAGACCAUAUCAACCGAGCAGCUUUGGUCAGGGGUCUCUAAGUCCCAAAAAGACUUAGCAAAGUACAUUCUGACUGGGGCUCCAGGAGCCCAGCCCAGCCUCAUGCCUCUGACAGCCCAGCAGUGUGGAGCAGACCCACAGAGAGGAGAGGCGUGCAGUGGCAUGGAAGGGCCAGCGGGCUAUCUGCGUCGGGCCAGUGUGGCCCAACUGACCCAGGAGUUGGGCACUGCCUUCUUCCAGAAGCAGCAGCUGUCAGCUGCAAUGGCAGACACCUUCCUGGAACACCUUUGCCUCCUGGACAUUGACUCUGAGCCCGUGGCUGCUCGCAGUACGUGCAUCAUUGCCACCAUCGGGCCGGCGUCUCGCUCCGUGGAGCGCCUCAAGGAGAUGAUCAAGGCCGGGAUGAACAUCGCGCGACUCAACUUCUCCCAUGGCUCCCACGAGUAUCACGCCCAGUCCAUCGUCAACAUCCGAGAGGCGGUGGAGAGCUUUGCGACUUCCGCGUUCAGCUACAGGCCUGUGGCUAUUGCCCUGGACACCAAGGGGCCCGAGAUACGCACGGGGACCCUGAUGGGGGGCUCGGAUUCGGAAGUGGAGCUGGUCAAAGGCUCGCAGGUGCUGGUGACCGUGGACCCGGCCUUCCAGAUGCGGGGAGAUGAGAACACCGUGUGGGUGGACUACCCCAAUAUCGUCCAGGUCGUGCCCGUGGGGGGCCGCAUCUACAUUGAUGACGGACUCAUCUCUCUAGUGGUCCAGAAAAUCGGCCCAGAAGGGCUGGUGACCCAAGUGGAGAAUGGUGGCAUCCUGGGCAACCGGAAGGGUGUGAACUUGCCCCGUAUUCAAGUGGAUCUUCCAGGGCUGUCAGAACAGGAUGUCCGAGACCUGCGCUUUGGGGUGGAGCACGGCGUAGACAUUAUCUUUGCCUCUUUUGUGAGGAAAGCCAGUGAUGUGGCUGCCAUCCGAGCUGUUCUGGGGCCGGAAGGACAGAAUAUCAAGAUCAUCAGCAAAAUUGAGAACCAUGAAGGUGUGAAGAGUUUUGAUGAAAUCUUAGAAGUGAGUGAUGGCAUCAUGGUGGCACGAGGUGACCUGGGCAUCGAGAUCCCAGAGGAGAAGGUUUUCCUGGCUCAGAAGAUGAUGAUUGGGCGCUGCAACUUGGCAGGCAAGCCUGUCAUCUGUGCCACACAGAUGCUUGAGAGCAUGAUCACCAAACCACGGCCAACAAGGGCAGAGACAAGUGAUGUGGCCAACGCAGUGCUGGAUGGGGCAGACUGCAUCAUGCUGUCAGGAGAGACUGCCAAGGGCCACUUUCCUGUAGAAGCUGUAAAGAUGCAGCAUGCGAUUGCCCGGGAGGCAGAGGCUGCAGUGUACCACCAGCAGCUGUUUGAGGAGCUACGUCGGGCAGCACCACUGAGCCGUGACCCCACUGAGGUCACUGCUAUUGGUGCCGUAGAGGCUGCCUUCAAGUGCUGUGCUGCUGCCAUCAUUGUGCUGACCACAACUGGCCGCUCAGCUCAGCUUCUGUCUCGCUACCGACCUCGGGCAGCAGUCAUUGCUGUCACCCGCUCUGCCCAGGCUGCCCGCCAGAUCCACCUGUGCCGAGGAGUCUUUCCCUUGCUCUACCGUGAACAUCCAGAGGCUGUCUGGGCAGACGAUGUGGAUCGGCGGGUGCAAUUUGGCAUUGAAAGUGGAAAGCUCCGUGGCUUCCUUUGUGUUGGGGACCUGGUGAUUGUGGUAACAGGGUGGCGACCUGGCUCAGGCUACACCAACAUUAUGAGAGUGCUGAGGGUAUCCUGAGAAGUCCCACCCUCCUCAGACCCAGCCUACCAUACACCCUACUUUUUCCUCCCUUCUCUACUUCCUCGAACCCACUUCCCUCCAAAGCCCAGGAUCUAAGCCUUCUCUACUCUCCUCCCACCCUCCCUACCUGUGGGCUGUUCAAGACCACAUAUGCUAUCAACCCCCAUGCCAGCGUGCCCCUCCCCCUCCAUUUCAUACAUGCCCUGAAAAUCUGUGUCCAAUUACACACAAGCUGCCCAACAACGUCAAUUGUAUAUUCCCUGCAUCCAAUCUGCUCAGCUGGCCCGAAAAUGUCCUGAGCCUUUAAUCCCAGUUUGGCUGGUUAAUUCCAUAACCCUAGUUUUUCCAUCUGUGGAGAGAGGGGAAAUAGGGCAAUCUUGUCCACAUUUUCCACAGAAUCACUGUUUUAAAAGUACUGCAUACCCAUGCAGUUGACAUUCCCACAUGUGGCCCUCAUGACAGUCUGUGCAUCUCCUACCAGGGCAGGCUACCUCACUAUGAUGACUACUAGUGACAUCCAAGCACCAUACCCUGGGGAAGCUGAGGUUAAUGGAUGCCAGGCAGAACCCAGGGCUGGGUGGACUGAUGUCACAAGCUUGCCAGCCUCUGUGGCCUGCAGGCUGUUCCCCUGGCUGCUCUCUCACCCAGGUCAUGCUAUGCUGGGUCAAAGGCCCUGCUGCCGCUCCUAUACCCAGAAAUUCCUUCAUACCCACUCUGUCCCGACAAACAAACCAGGAGCCAAAA